UUCUAUAAAAAUCUUUGCAUGGUUGCUGCUUCAGGAGUUGCUACCACUACUGCUCAGCAGUUUGUGCAGAUUGAGCCCCCAGGCUCUCUUUUCUUCCUUGGGCCUGACCCAGCAGAAGGGGCUCUGCUCUGUUCUUUUUCCCCAUGGUGGUUCCCACGUGUUUCUGCAGCCGCUCCUGUUGGCACCACCUGGCCACUGUGCUCUGCAUCAGAGCGCUCGCUGCCUUUCCUCAGUGGGGGUGGCUGGAGUCAGCGUGUGGUUAAGCAAGUCUUAAAAGCACUUAGAGAGUCUUCUUGGGUAAGAGGUGUUCUGAUAAGUACGAAAGUCUGGCUUCCAAAGCCAUUAUUUUUUGUUUGGUUCAUCUUUUUCACUGUUCCUACUCACGCCAUCCCAUCUCGCUGUGUGAAAAGAUCUCAGAGGGCCUUGUGAGGCAGUGAGUGCUGUUUCCGAUUCUCUUUCAGAUGCAAGUAUGGACAUAAUAGCCUAUGAUGAUUUCUUCAGUCCACCGCUUCAGAGAUAUUGAAAGGACACCUGAAUACCUCCAGCCGGAGAAGUGUGUUCCACCUCCUAGCCGCGCUUCCUUGGGAACGAUGUGGUUUAUUCGAGAUGGCUGUGGUAUCGCGUGUGCCGUUGUCACCUGGAUGCUGGUGUUCUACGCUGACUUUGUAGUCCUUCUUGUCAUGCUGGUUCCCUCAAGAGAUUACGUUUAUAGUGUCAUCAAUGGCACGCUGUUCAACACCUUGGCGUUCCUCGCUUUGGCUUCACAUUUUCGUGCUAUGCUGACAGAUCCAGGUGCUGUGCCCAAAGGUAACGCAACAAAAGAGUUCAUUGAGAGUUUACAGCUAAAGCCAGGACAGGUGGUUUACAAGUGCCCAAAAUGUUGUAGCAUCAAACCUGACAGAGCACAUCACUGCAGCGUUUGCAAGAGGUGUAUUCGGAAAAUGGACCAUCACUGCCCAUGGGUCAAUAACUGCGUAGGAGAGAAUAACCAGAAGUACUUUGUACUGUUUACAAUGUAUAUAGCACUGAUUUCUCUGCAUGCUCUAAUUAUGGUGGGAUUUCACUUCUUGUAUUGCUUUGAAGAGGACUGGACAAAAUGCAGCUCCUUCUCUCCACCAACCACAGUGAUCCUUCUCAUCCUCUUGUGUUUUGAGGCGCUCCUCUUUCUCAUCUUCACCUCGGUUAUGUUUGGGACCCAAGUACACUCCAUCUGCACUGACGAAACGGGCAUUGAGCGCCUUAAGAAGCAGAAGCCGACCUGGGAGCGGACCAGAGGCUGGGAGGGGAUGAAGGCGGCCUUCGGCGGUACCCCGUCCCUGUCCUGGCUCAACCCCUUCUCCAACAUGGACUGCAGGCACCCACCACCAGCCCCUGCCGUGCCCGCGGCCGCCACCAUGACGCAGGAGGAGAUCGAGCAGUUCCUGGCUCGGGAGGUGAACAUCCAAGUGCCCCAUGAGUAGCAGAGCAUCAGCCCAGGGGCCAAGGGACGCGUCCAGGCGGUGUGUUAUUUUAUUAACUGCUUGUGGUGGAGAAGCAGGGUGGGUUUUCUUGUCUUUUUUUUUUUUUUAAUUGUACUUCGGGUGCUUCUGGUGCAGAAUAUAAUUCAGGACUAUUCAUGGGGAAGUCGGGUCCAGCACCAGCAGAAGCAAUGCAAAUCUCCAGAGCAAGUUUAACCCAAAGUGAGAGCCACACGGCCUUUGCAGCUGUGUCCUGCCUUACCGAGCUGCUCUUGUGUGGCCUUCGGGGAGAGACCCAGGUGUGGGGCUGGAGCCGUGGGGCCUCGUGUCCUCAUGGCACUGGCUGGAUGAGUGUUGCCUCUCGUCCUGCCAGUGCCUGCAUUCAGAGGUGAUGCUCCAGGCAUCAGCACUCUGACAACCAAGAUCUAGACUGGUUUUGGGCUGGUUUUGCCUUGUUGUCAUCUCCCCCACCUUACUGACCAGUGACACCUCACCUGGGCAACGUGCUCCUGGAUUCUCACCCCCAGUUGUGCAGCUUUGAGGCCCUGUAACAUGCAGCAAAGAUAAUUAUCGCCUUGGGAAAGAGAGAUGAAGGAGUUGGGGCGUAAAUCGAGGUAUUGUGGAAGACCUGGAUUAACUUUCAGUUAUUUAUGAAAGCCCAAAUUCCACUGGGUAUUGCAAGGGUUUUUUUUUCCUCAUGGCAGUGAUAAAGGAGUUUAAACAUGAAGUAACAAACAGUCUGGUGGGAUGGAAGCUAGGAGUACAGUGGGGCCAGAAUCCAGGAAAACAAGGGGAGAUGUUUUGAACCAUAGUGACCCCUUUGUUUCUCCUCUUUUUCUAUGAAAAAAUAGAUUUUGGGGGGAAAAAAAUGCAUAAGGAUCUGUGUGUUUAUCUAAAUGUCUUGGUAAAGGGAAACGUGCUGUACCUUGGGGAAACUGAGGUAUCGUCUUGCUGUAGUGCACAAAGCAGAGCGGUGUGGGAAUUUGAGGCUGUCUCACUUCUGCACCAGCCUUCAUGUCUGCACGGCAGGGUCUGCAUCACAGGGACACUGGGGACACAUGUGAAUCUGUACAGGGAGAAGUGGGGAUGCAUAAGGUGGAAGCUGGGAGCUGCUGAUUUCAGUUAACUCUCCCACCUGUGGGUGGAGGUGGGGUUGCAGGGCCCCACAGGAAGACCAGCCGUGGAAGAGCAGCAUUUGAUGUAAUGUGACAGCUGUAUCCACAGUGCUGAUUGCUGGGCUGAUCUCCUUCCACUUCCUGCAUUGCUCCUCAGCAGUGUGGGUUUGUGUGCUGUUUCAAUAGCUGGAACUAGAAAGCUCUAUGAAAGGAGGACUCCUCUCUGCCCGCUCCAUGCUGCCACAUUUUUGCCCAUCAAAGGUGCAGGAGCUGGAAGAAUGUUGGCAUCAGGAAAUCAGAGUGUUCCCUCACUCCUUUGUACCCUCCUGCUCCGCCUUGGUACAGCAUGGCAAAAGCCUGAAGCAGCAGAAGUCCUCAUGAGUUGGAGUGAUCUGCUUCAUUCCAAGCCCUGGCAUCCACCUUGUAGUGUAACUCCCACCAGGUAGCUUGAGACCAAAGUUAUUUCCAUGGAAUUGAAACCAGCCCCCUUCCCCUCCCUGUGGCAUCGUGCCUUCACCUCCAGCCCAGGCUGGGCUCCAUCAGCACUGCAGCAUGGGGCUUCAAUCCAUGAUGGACGGGAUCACAGUGGCCAUGUGCAGCAUUCAUGGUCUUUUAAAGCAGGCUUUCUAUGCAAGUAAAGAACCUGUAUCUCUUGGAAAUAUAUAUAUUUUGGUAAUCAUAACUCUGGUUUAUGCCUCCGGAUGCUAAUUAUACUUAUUAAAGAAUUAAUAUUUCCAUGCU